GAACUUGAAGCACAUUACAACAUUCCAUCGUACUCUCAGGCAUCGUCCCAAACGCCUGUUAAUUUUUUUUCCCGUUUUUGAAGCUGUGAGGGUAUUUGGUUCACCUUUUCAGACCCUACCAAAAUGUCCAAUCAACCGACCAAACAGAAACUAUGGGGUGGUCGUUUCACAGGAAAGACAGACCCUCUGAUGCACGAGUUCAAUCAAUCUUUGCGCUACGAUCAGAGGAUGUGGGCCGCUGAUAUCGCUGGAUCGAUUGCAUACGCUAAGGCAUUAAACCUGGCCGGCAUCCUCACAAAAGAUGAACAAGAGAAAAUUGUUCAGGGUCUCACUGCGGUUGGCCAGGAAUGGGAGCAGGGCGUGUUCGAUAUCCAACCAGACGAUGAGGACAUUCACACAGCAAAUGAACGUCGACUCAGUGAACUUAUUGGACCUCUUGGUGGCAAACUGCAUACAGGCCGAUCCCGAAAUGACCAAGUCGCGACUGACAUGCGCUUGUGGCUCCUAACCGAAAUCAAGCACGUCGUACGUGGACUGAAAGGGCUGAUCCGAGUCAUGGUUGAGCGUGCGGACAAGGAGAAAGAUAUUCUGCUCCCAGGAUAUACUCAUCUCCAACGUGGUCAACCCAUUCGAUGGUCGCACCUACUCCUUUCACAUGCCUUCUCCUUCCGUGCAGACUUGGAACGUCUCUCACAACUCAUCCCCCGUAUAUCUGUCCUUCCACUAGGUUGCGGCGCCCUUGCGGGAAACCCCUUCGUGGUUGACCGUGAAUUCUUAGCAAAGGAGCUUGGAUUUUCAUCUGUUGCAGAGAACAGUCUGUACGGUGUCGGCGAUCGUGACUUCAUUGUUGAGUUCAUGAUGUGGGCAAGUUUGGCAAUGACCCAUGUUAGCCGAAUGGCUGAAGACUUGAUCAUUUACUCGACUGCAGAGUUCGGCUUUGUUACGCUGAGUGAUGCAUACAGUACGGGAUCGAGUAUCAUGCCUCAGAAGAAGAACCCGGAUUCCCUGGAGCUCCUGCGUGGAAAAUCUGGCCGUGUUUUCGGAGAUAUGGCCGGUUUCUUGAUGACACUGAAAGGUCUGCCAUCGACAUAUAACAAGGACCUGCAGGAAGACAAAGAGCCACUCUUUGAUUCUUACGAUACUGUUUCGGCCUCAUUCAAGAUUGCCGAGGGCGUUAUCGCGACCAUGGAGGUACACGCUGAGAAGAUGCGUGAAGCGCUAACCAUGGAUGUGCUCGCCACAGAUUUAGCAGACUACCUCGUUCGCAAGGGGAUUCCAUUCCGUGAAACACAUCACAUCUCUGGGCGCGCGGUUGCUCUGGCAGAGUCUCGCAAGUGUCAGCUCAACGAUCUCAGUCUGGAAGACUACAAGCAACUGAGCGAUAAGUUCUCGGAAGAUGUCCAGUCUGUGUUUGACUUUGAGGCCAGUGUUGAGCGACGAGAGUCCAUCGGAGGCACCAGCCGGAAGAUGAUAGAGAGGCAGGUGUCAGUGCUACGAACUGCGCUGGAGCAAAUGCUUCCAGAAGAAAAAGCCUGAUUAUCCUAGGCUAUGUACAUAUUUCAUGUACCCUGGAUAGAUUCAUAGGAUUUACUGUUUUGAACGUAAGCGCAGUCCAGAACCGUGCAGGCCGCAGUC